CUCACCAAAACCCAAAACAAAAAGAAUAAGAAAAAAAAGCGCCAAAGUUAGUUUUCUGCUCCGGCGAGUUUUCUCUCUCUAUCAGCUAACAAUUACAAGAAGAAGAAGGAACGGUAGAUGACUUCGGGGACUAGAACGCCGACGUGGAAAGAGAGAGAGAACAACAAACGGCGAGAGCGGCGGAGACGGGCGAUUGCGGCAAAGAUAUUCACGGGGCUUAGGAUACAUGGGAACUUCAAGCUCCCUAAACACUGCGAUAACAACGAAGUUCUUAAAGCUCUAUGUAAUGAAGCUGGUUGGACCGUCGAAGAAGACGGAACUACUUACCGGAAGGGAUGCAAACCAUUGGAUCGAACGGAACUCAUGAUUGGUUCUACUUCAGCGAGUCCAUGCUCAUCCUACCAACCGAGCCCUCGUGCCUCCUACAAUCCAAGCCCUUCAUCCUCCUCAUUCCCUAGUCCUACAAACCCAUUUGGUGAUGCUAACUCACUAAUCCCAUGGCUCAAAAACCUCUCUUCUAACUCACCUUCCAAGCUUCCUUUCUUCCAUGGAAACUCUAUUAGCGCUCCCGUGACUCCACCAUUGGCUCGAAGCCCUACUUAUGAUCAAGUAACCAUCCCUGACUCUGGAUGGCUCUCUGGAAUGCAGACCCCACAGAGCGGACCGUCUUCUCCAACUUUCAGCUUGGUUUCAAGAAACCCGUUUUUCGACAAAGAGGCUUUUAAAAUGGGUGAUUGUAGUUCACCAAUGUGGACUCCUGGACAAAGUGGAAACUGCUCUCCAGCUAUUCCUGCUGGUGUUGAUCAAAACUCUGAUGUACCAAUGGCUGAUGGAAUUGCGGCAGAGUUUGCGUUUGGAAUGGUGAAACCUUGGGAAGGAGAAAGGAUACAUGGAGAGUGCGUUUCAGAUGAUUUAGAACUUACACUUGGAAACUCAAGAACCAGUUGAUGGUUUCAAAGAAGUAUCAAUGCCGUUUGCUAUCUAUCAACUUUCUUAUCAAAUUAAUUUUCAUCUCUUACUUUCCUUUCCAUAUUUUGUAUGUUUUUUUUAAUUCAGUGUGAUGAUAAAAAGUGAUUGAGAGAAAAAGAAACAUUUUGAACUCUUUUUUCUUGUGGUCUUUUGACUGGAAUUGUAGUUAAAAUUUAUUUAUCGUCUU